CUUGCUAUUCGCGUAUCGCGUAUUCGCUAUUAUCCUAGCGUAAUUAUACUAUGUAUUACGUGGAGAAACGACUAUGGAUUUACUUUUAGAUGAAAACUAUGAACUGAGAAAAAUGAGUAAUUUUUUGUAAUUGUAAUUCGUAUUAGAUGAGUGCUAAAUGUAAUGAUUAUUUGUACGACUUUUUUCCUGGUUGUCAUUAAGUAGUCAGUCUGUAGCUGCUUGUGAUAGAAGAUGGAUAUCUACAAGAAAGUAUUUAAAAUAUCGAAAUUAUUAUGGUCUAAAAUAAACCGGUGGCACCGAGCUUUCUUUAUAUUUUUCGUAGCAGAGUUAAACCUAGUACCUGGAGGUCAAGUGGGAUUUCAGUGUAAUGAUCCAGCUUUAUCGCAUCCCUACACAGGAGACACAGUUAACUGGAAAUGGCUAUUUGGUACAACUAUACUUUUACCUUUGGUUGUGUUACUCAUCACAGAAAGGCAGCAAUGCAACCAUGAAAUAGCCAAGAAGCAAGCAUUUUGUUGGUUUAAAGAGUAUUUAUAUGGCUUCCUAUUAAACUUGACUAUUGUUCAGGCAUUAAAGCUAAUUGUUGGUUCCCCUAGACCACAUUUUUUUGAAACUUGCGAACCUAAUGAAGCUCUGACAUGUGAAGAGUCAGAAUAUGUAUCCAGUUAUACAUGCACUACAGCAAAUUGGUUAAAACAGUCCAACAAAAGCUUUCCUUCAGGUCACACAUCUCUAGCAGUCCAUGCUGCUGUGUUUAUUACGUAUUACUUGUAUCGAAGAGGGAGAAAGUUGAACUCAAAGAUUGUUUCCACGGUGCAGAUAGUUAGCUUGAGCAGUGCAGCUCUAUGUAGUUUGUCCCGUAUUUGGGACAGACGUCACCACUGGUGGGAUGUAAUAGCUGGUGCAGUGAUAGCUUUGCUCUUACUUGUGUAUACUAUAUCUACGCUGUGCAAUAACUUUAAUUGUUCAAGUCCAAAGAGUCAAGUAAAUAAGGAACAAGACAUGCUUGUUAAGAAUGAAACAGAGACAUCGUAAAGAUAUUAUUUAAUUUUACUAUGAAACCCCAAACCCUUAGCUUUAUUUUAGUAGGAUAUAAGUGAAACCUAUUUACUUUGUGCUGUGACUAUAGUUAAUUUAUCAUGUCCCUUUAUGUAUUUACUACUUCUAAAGUAUUUCUUUUUAAAUCUUUUUAGUUGCCUUACUCUUGUCAUAAAUAUUACCAAAAUAUACAUGUACAUAUACAGAAAUACACACCUAGGUAGAAUUUAUACUGGAUUAUAGUUUAGUCAAUUCCAAUGAGUUUAUACUUGAAGUCAAGUCAAGUCACAA